AUGCAGCCAAGUGCUCCUCAUGCUCGCUCGAAGCAUUGCAGCCAUGCUCGUUUUCAGGGUUCACCAUGUGGCGAGUGUUCUGAUGUGCACAGACACAUUGUGCACCUUUCUGAAAUAGCCCGGGAUACCAAGCACCACACUAAUUACAAGUUUCUUGGCCUCGGGCACAUGCAAGACAUCGCAAAGACAUAUGCUGAUCAAAUCAAGCAGCUAAAAUUGCAGGAACUCAAUCAUUCUCACAAGUAUAUGCGUUUGCUCACCCAAUUAGACGACUACAAUCGACUACUUAUGGCCAUAUCUAAAAAAGAUAUCCCACGCAUUCACCAAAUUGUAGAUGUCGCUCUACAUCACGGUUCCAGUGUGCAGGAGGUUGUCAACAAGCUUGAGGAUGCUCUCGAGGGUGCAUACACCCCUCGAGGUUAUGGUGCCAACGACUUGGACAUCACAACACUUGUUGUUAGGCUUGGCGGGUGCCAGCUCCUUUUUGCACUUCAUCAAUCGCUUGGUCUCCCUUCUCUCUGUACGCUCCAUACUAAGUCCACCUUCACCUCCAUCUUUGACCAGAAUAUUCAGAACAUCAAGCAUUCUCACACUAUAGAACCUGUCCUUCGCACGUAUGAGUCUGCCGUGAACAUUGCUCAAAAACUUCACGAUGGUGAACUUCACCUUGGGAAGGAGCUCACCGUUAUAGGUGCAUCCUGCUUUGGUGAGGACGAGAUAUAUCCUAUUUUGGCGGCACCCACCUGCAAGACUGAAGAUGCCACUGAUAUGGAACAUAUCCUUUCCCGUGCCAUUGGGAGUUGGAAUAGGACUGAAUUGGUCGGGCCAAUCUGGCAUGCUGCUGGUCACAAAUUAUUCGUCAAGUUUCCACUUCCACUACCUCCUGAAUCACCCUUGUAUGGCACACUUGUCAACUUGCAGGGCCUCAAUCUCUUCACCAGUGAAGGUGAAAUUAUGCUUGAUUUUGACUUCAAGCAUAUCUUCAAACAUAAGUAUUUUUUUCUGUUAUGA